CAGCACCGGAAGUGGCUGUCAUUCCAACUUGUGCAGAAACUUCUUCAAUGUGAUUUAUUUGAAAAGACACGUAGUUGUUCUCAUCACUCGAACCUCCCGCUGUGGGUUUGAACUUCUCAUUUAAAGUUGACAACGACUUUCUAUUAUCUUUUUAAACGGCUAAUUAGGAACUGAAGUUAUCCUGCUAUCUCGGCUAAGCUAGGCUGAGCUAGGCUAAACUCAACUAAGCUAGGCUAAACUCUGCUAGGCUAAGGUCUCCAUGGCCCCUCUCCGGGUCCUGUGUGUUCACGGUUACCGACAGAACGGCGGCACGUUCCGGGAGAAGACGGGAGCUCUGCGGAAGCUGCUGAAGAAACACGUGGAGCUGGUUUAUGUGAGCGCGCCUCACAGUGUCCAUCAGGUCAGAAGUGAAGAAGCUCCAGAGAAGGAGAAUGCUUCAGGUCCUGUCCCUGGAGGUGACGAGGACCCCAGGGGCUGGUGGUUCUCUGACGUCCAGGCUCGGAGCUUCAGUGCUCAGCAGCAGUGCGAGGAAAGCCUGGGGCUCGACGAGAGUGUGACGGUUGUGAGAGAAGCUGUGAAAGUCCAGGGUCCGUUUGACGGCAUCCUGGGCUUCAGUCAGGGAGCCGCCUUCGUGGCCAUGCUGUGUUCUCUUCAGGAGCAAAAACUGGAGCCGGAGUUCAACUUCCGCUUCGCCGUCCUCGUCGCCGGCUUCCCCAGCGCAUGCAAGGAGCACCAGAGGUUCUACAGCACUCCCCUGCAGAUCCCGUCCCUGCAUGUGUUUGGAAUGGAGGACCGAGUCAUCCCUGACAACAUGAGCAGGGAGCUCCUCCCCUCCUUCCAGCAGCCUCAGGUCCUGACGCAUCCCGGUGGCCAUUUUGUUCCUGCUGCUUCUGCUCACAGACAAACAUACCAGGACUUUCUCAAAAGUUUCCAGUGAGAGAAACUACAAUGUAGGAAGGAGACAGCAGCACUUGCAUUUCCACAGUGAAUGUGGAAUAUUUAAUGUUUAAUAUGACGGCUCAUGGUAACACAAUUGAUUCAAAGGACAAUUUGGGUUCAACACCAUGACCUUUAGAUACCUGCUGUCCAUCUCAGGGAAGAUGCCCUGUAACAGGCAAUAAAUAAGACGACAGGUGUUUAUUUUAUCUA